AUGCUCUUCGCCGGACUGCUCAUUACUGCCAUCUUCGCAGCUGUCUCUGCAGCAAGCGGCUUCCCGAACCGCCAAAACACAACCGCGGCCGAGCAAAAGCAGACCACCAGCACUGCUGGGUCGGUUGCCAUUUCGCAAACCCAAGCGCCGUCUGCCAAUCACUGCAGCCAGACAUACCAACACUGCGGGUGGUACCUGGCCAAGGACCUAGGUUACGUUGGCGCCAUCGACAGCGGCAUCUACUUUUGCCUGGACGACACAACGGCCACCCUGACUUUGGACUGCGGGGCAAGGAACUGCUGUGGCUCGGGAACUACAGCACACUGCUGCUUCACCGGACACAGCGCGUAG